AUGGCUACCAUCCUCGCCAAGAUUGCUUCUAUGGGUGCCAAGAAGGGUGCCAAGGUGGCGGCUAAAAAGGCCGGCAAGGCCGCAGCAAAAAAGGCAGGAAAGAAAGUCGGCAAAUCGGCAGCGAAAAAGGCUGGAAAAUCAGCAGCGAAGAAGGCAGGCAAAAAGGCAGCAAAAAAGGCCGGGAAGAAAGCGGGAAAGAAGUUUGGGAAGAAAGCCGGAAAAAAGGCUGGCAAAAAGGCGGGGAAAUCGGGAAAGAAAAAGACUAAAAAUACUUUACGGGAUAAAAUGAAGGCCAAACUGCGAGAAGCUGCGACCGAUGAAGACAUUGAAGAUGAUGAAGUGGAGGAAACAGAAGACAGUUCUUACGAAAACGAAACAGAAAACAUGGAAACGACUGGAAGAGAUACUGAGUCCUCGAGUUCUGAACAAACCUCUAAAUCAAGUGCCAGACGAAAAAAAACAAGGAAGAAAAGGAAGAAAAUCAAGAAGAAGGGAGGCAAAUCGAAACAAGCGGGUAAACAACAGAAGACUUGGAAGGACAGAUGGAAAGGUAUGGUAACCAGCAAAGCAAAAAAAUCGGAUUCAGAUGAGGAGAGAGAGGGUCAAAAAGUCAAGAGAAGGCGAACAAGAAAAGAAGUGCUGGAAAGUGAUUGUGAAUGCACCGAUGAAAAUGUUUUGACCCCAAGCGUAGAAAAUACAGAUGAAGUCUCAGAUAGAGAGGAUAACUUUACCAGACCGGACAAUGAGAGUAGAAGGAGCGGAAAAGGAACCCCGAGCCUGAACGCAGGACUUCGCAGGUCCACGGUACCGGAAAUUUACGGUGAGACGGAAGAAUUCAGUAUGGGACGUGUUUCACGUGCUGGAAGUAGCAGACCGACCUCACCGAGUGCGUACUACUCGUCGCCGGACGCACAUGAAUCACCACCAGUGCGUUCCGCAGGGAGUUUCUUUGGGCGUUUUCGCUCCUCAACCGUUAAAAAGAGCCCCUCUUUUGUGACUGAAAGGAGCGGAAAACGUUCAACAGUAAGCUUUGGUAACAACUUGAGGAGCGUGCACGAAACACCUCGUCAAAGUAUAGCAUCCCAUAUGUCCAAGAUGUCAGGAGGGUUUGGUGGAAUUGACGAAAAUGGAACGGGACGCAAUUCUCGCAUCGGAAGUAGCACUCCGAACGCAGCUGUUGCGUAUCUAUCGUCUGCCGAUGAGGGUGACACACCUCAUAUGCGUUCAUCAGGCAGUUUUUUCGGGCGUCUCAGGUCCUCGUCCGUUAAAAAGAAUCCUUCUGUUAUGAGCACAGGGAGCGGAAAAGUUUCUUUUGGAACCUUAGGCAACAACUUGAAUGCACGGUCGUCUACUCCUUCAAGCCCUGCCUUACAGCUCAUGCAAAGCAAUCGUUCCACCAAGAUUUCCGAUGGCGGUCGGUCUCUGGUCAAGGCGGGGACGAGUAUUCCUACGGCAAAAGCAUCGGUUAUCUCAAAUAAACAACCCGUUGGCGAGAACUCCCUUUAUUUUGAAGGAUCCGGUCGUCCUUCACUAAUGAAACGCAUAUUUCAUCGCCAGUCACGCUCCAAAACUGCGGGUUCCAUGCCCAGCAAUUACCGAAGCGCCUCCGUUCAAGAAAAGUCCACGAAGAACGUGCCCAAGGGUGUUGACCAGGAAUUUAACAUGAUGCUCUUUAAAAUUGUGAAAGACCUUAUAAUGGAGGAAUUUUCUGAUGGAAAAAGUCGCAAUAGACCAGCCGAGAACUCUGACUGGCUGAAAGCCUUUGAGAUGGUUAUCAAACACGACAACGCAAGAGACGCAAGGGCUUCCCAACUGAAACGUGAGCAAAUUCGUAUUACCGGCGUUCCUCCGGAGCCCCCACCUAUGCCGCGGCGGCGUUGCCGGCCCUGUCGCGCCCGAAGGGGUCGCUGGGGUCGCGGCCCCCCUCCCCGCCGGCGGAGGGCAGCGAGCGACGAGGACGGUGCGCACGACUAUUCUGACUCCUCUGACGAGAACACGGACUGUGGAUCACGGCGGCUUGGGGACCUCAUUGCCAUCCUACGUGACUGUGAGCACAGACACCGAAGAAGGCGCGCCCAUUCACGUGACUCAACCAGACACCAGCGGCAACAGGAGGAACAACAACCUACAGGAGGCACACUGCCGAUUGAUGGCGCAUGUCAGCCCUCGACUACUCCCUGUUUCUACCCCAUAUACUUGCCACAACCCGUGUUCUGUCCGUCAAACUAUAAUCAGUUCGAUAUGUCGGCUGCCAGCCCAGAGGCCGCAUACCAAUAUUACGCCAGCGCUGCGCCCUACGCCUAUGACAGUCUAUCCUACUAUCCUCCUUACUAG